AUGGCGUCUCAGAGCAAUGAUGAGCACAGUCAUGCAUGUUGUGUUUAUGUCAGUGAUGAUGAUGAUGAUGAUGAUGAUGAUGAUGCUCGUGUUCCUCCAGCAGAUGGCGCUGCUUCAACGCCCUCCCCAAACUUCUCCAAUGAGACGUCACCCAUCAGUCCGCCGGAGGAAGCGGGGCAGGGAGAAGCCCCGCCCACACAGGAAGAGGAGGAGCCUGCCUUCCCCCACACAGACCUUGCCAAGCUGGACGACAUGAUCAACCGGCCGCGCUGGGUGGUUCCGGUCCUGCCCAAAGGAGAGCUGGAGGUUCUGCUGGAAGCUGCUGUAGAUCUCAGUAAAAAAGGGCUCGACGUGAGGUGCGAGGCGUGUCAGAGGUUUUUCCGCGAUGGCCUGACGAUCUCGUUCACCAAAAUCCUGACAGAUGAGGCCGUGAGCGGCUGGAAGUUUGAGAUCCACAGGUGCAUCAUCAGUAACACCCACCGUCUGAUCGAGCUCUGCGUGGUCAAAAUGGCUCAGGAUUGGUUCCCUCUGCUUGAAGUGCUGGCCAUGGCCACUAACCCGCACUGCAAGUUCCACAUUUACAACGGCACGCGUCCGUCUGAGAGCGUUCCUGCGGGAGCGCAGCUUGCCGACGAUGAGCUGUUCGCCCGGCCGCCCGACCCGCGCUCUCCAAAGGGUUGGCUGGUGGACCUCAUCAAUAAGUUCGGGACUUUGAACGGGUUCCAGAUUCUGCACGAUCGCUUCACGAGCAGCCAGGCUCUCAACGUGCAGAUCAUCGCAGCUCUCAUCAAACCUUUCGGCCAGUGCUACGAGUUCUUGACUUUGCACACGGUGAAGAAGUUUUUCUUGCCCGUAAUCGAGAUGGUCCCACAGUUUCUGGAGAACCUCACAGACGAGGAGCUGAAGAAGGAGGCCAAGAACGAGGCCAAGAAUGAUGCUCUGUCCAUGAUCAUAAAGUCCUUGAAGAACCUGGCGUCCAGAGUUCGGGGUCAAGAGGAAACCGUCAAGAACCUGGAAAUCUUCAGGUUAAAAAUGAUUCUUAGGUUGUUGCAGAUUUCUUCAUUUAAUGGGAAAAUGAAUGCACUGAAUGAAGUCAACAAGGUGAUCUCGAGCGUGUCGUAUUACACGCACCGGCACGGAAACCCAGAGGAGGAGGAGUGGCUGACAGCGGAGCGAAUGGCCGAAUGGAUUCAGCAGAACAACAUUCUGUCCAUUGUGCUGAGAGACAGUCUGCAUCAGCCGCAGUACGUGGAGAAGCUGGAGAAGAUCCUGCGCUUCGUCAUUAAGGAGAAAGCUCUGACCCUGCAGGACCUCGACAACAUCUGGGCGGCUCAGGCUGGUAAACAUGAAGCGAUCGUCAAGAACGUCCACGAUCUGUUGGCCAAGCUAGCGUGGGAUUUUUCCCCGGAGCAGCUCGAUCACCUGUUCGACUGCUUCAAGUCAAGUUGGACGAACGCUGGUAAGAAGCAGCGGGAGAAGCUUCUGGAAUUGAUCCGCAGGCUGGCGGAGGACGAUAAGGACGGAGUGAUGGCUCACAAAGUGCUCAACCUGCUGUGGAACCUGGCACACAGUGAUGACGUCCCCGUCGACAUCAUGGACCAGGCUUUGAGCGCCCACAUCAAGAUCCUGGACUACAGCUGCUCGCAGGACCGCGACACGCAGAAGAUGCAGUGGAUCGACCGCUUCAUCGAGGAGCUCCGGACGAAUGAUAAGUGGGUGAUUCCAGCUCUGAAGCAGAUCAGGGAGAUCUGCAGCUUGUUUGGAGAAGCUCCUCAGAACCUCAGUCAGACGCAGAGGAGUCCGCACGUCUUCUACCGUCACGAUCUGAUCAACCAGCUCCAGCACAAUCACGCGCUCGUCACGCUGGUGGCCGAGAACCUGUCUGCGUACAUGGACAACAUGAGGCAGUUCUCCAGAGAGCAUACAGGGUUUGAUCCUCAGACGGUUCGAGCGGGAAGCCGGUACAGCCACGUACAGGAAGUGCAAGAGAGACUCAAUUUCCUGAGGUUUCUGCUGAAGGAUGGGCAGCUGUGGCUUUGCGCUCCGCAGGCCAAGCAGAUCUGGAAGUGUCUGGCGGAGAACGCCGUGUUUCUGUGCGACCGCGAGGCCUGCUUUAAGUGGUACUCCAAGCUCAUGGGUGACGAGCCGGAUCUGGACCCCGACAUCAACAAGGACUUUUUUGAGAGCAACGUGCUGCAGCUGGACCCCACGCUACUCACGGAGAACGGCAUGAAGUGCUUCGAGCGCUUCUUCAAAGCUGUGAACUGCAGAGAGGGCAAGCUGGUGGCCAAACGCAGGGCGUACAUGAUGGACGACCUGGAGCUGAUCGGGCUCGACUACCUCUGGAGGCUCGUGAUUCAAGGCAGUGAUGACAUCGCCACUCGAGCGAUAGACCUGCUGAAGGAAAUAUACACCAACCUCGGACCAAAGCUACAGGUGAAUCAGGUCGAGAUCCAUGAGGACUUCAUCCAGUCGUGCUUCGACCGGCUCAAGGCUUCGUACGACACGCUGUGUGUGCUGGACGGAGAUAAGGACAGCAUUAACUGCGCCAGACAGGAGGCCAUACGCAUGGUGCGGGUUCUGACGGUGCUCCGAGAGUACAUCACCGAGUGUGACAGCGACUACCAUGAGGAGAGGACCAUCCUGCCCAUGUCCAGGGCGUUCCGUGGGAAGCACAUCACUCUGGUGGUGAGGUUUCCCAAUCAGGGCCGUCAGGUGGAGGACUUGGACAUCUGGUCCCACACCAACGACACCAUCGGCUCGGUCCGCCGCUGCAUCCUCUCUCGCAUCAAAGCCAACAGCACACACACUAAAGUAGAGCUGUUCAUCGGAGGAGAGAUCGUGGACCCCGCUGAGGACCGCCGGCUGAUUGGACAGCUCAACCUCAAAGAUAAAACUCUCAUCACAGCGAAGCUCACGCAGGUCAGCAACAACAUGCCCUCCAGCCCCGACAGCUCGUCCGACUCGUCCACCGGCUCGCCCGGGAACCACACAAACCAGUACAGCGACGGGCCGAACCCCGAGGUGGAGAGCUGCCUGCCAGGAGUGAUCAUGUCGCUGCAUCUGCGCUACAUCUCCUUCUUGUGGCAGAUCGCUGAUCUGGGCUGCACCCUGAGCAUGCCGUUACUGCGAGACGGAGCUCGAGUGCUCAUGAAGCUCAUGCCUCCAGAUAACACUACAGUGGAGAACCUGCGAGCGAUCUGUUUGGAUCACGCUAAGCUGGGAGAGAACAGUCUGAGUCCCACUCUGGAUUCACGCUUCUUUGGCCCGUCCGCUUCACAAGUGCUCUACCUCACCGAGGUGGUGUAUGCGCUGCUGAUGCCAGCCAGUGGAACGCUGGGAGACGACGCCAGUGACUUCCAAUACAACUUCCUGAAGAGCGGCGGUCUGCCUCUGGUUCUGGGCAUGCUCACCAGGAACAACUUCCUUCCCAGUGCGGACAUGGAGACGAGACGCGGCGCCUACCUGAACGCCCUGAAGAUCAGCAAGCUCCUGCUCACUGCCAUCGGGUUCGGACACGUGAAGGCCGUGGCGGAGGCCUGCCAGCCGCUGGUGGAGGGAACCAACCCCGCGUCACCAAUAAAUCAGGCGACCCAUGAACAGGCUCUGGUGCUGCAGAACGCUCUCCAGAGCAUUCCCAAUCCCGCCUCCGAGUGCAUGCUGCGCAACGUGUCCCUCCGGCUGGCCCAGCAGAUCUCCGACGAGAACUUCUUCCAGGCCUCAAAGUACAUCCCGGAUAUCUGUGUGAUCCGCGCCGUGCAGAAGAUCGUCUGGGCUUCCGGUUGUGGGAUGGUGCAUCUGGUCUUCAGCUCGAACGAAGAGAUCAGCCAGAUCUACGAGAAGACUAAUGCGGGUAACGAGCCGGACGCUGAAGACGAGCAGGUGUGCUGUGAGGCACUGGAGGUCAUGACCUUGUGUUUCGCUGUGCUCCCUACGGCCCUCGACACGCUCAGCAAAGAGAAAGCCUGGCAGACCUUCAUCAUCGACCUGCUGCUGCACUGCCAGAGCAAAUGCAACUUUUAUAGAAGUGCAUUCUGCUCCUGUUUCAUGAACAAGAGGCGUUUUAAACUCCUGCAUCUGGUCUCAGGUUGCGAGGCGCUUACAGAGUGGGAGUAUCUGCCUCCGGUGGGGCCGCGGCCGACCAAAGGCUUCGUGGGUCUGAAGAACGCAGGAGCCACGUGCUACAUGAACUCCGUGAUCCAGCAGCUUUACAUGAUCCCGCCCAUCCGCAACGCCAUCCUGGCCAUCGAAGGCACCGGCAGCGACAUCGACGACGACGACACAUCCGGAGACGAAAAGCAGGACAACGAGAGUAAUGUGGACCCCAGGGAUGAUGUGUUCAGUUAUCAUCAGCAGUUUGAUGACAAGCCCUCUCUCAAUAAGGCCGAGGACCGUCAGGAGUACAACAUCGGAGUGCUGCGGCGUCUGCAGGUCAUCUUCGGUCACCUCGCCGCGUCCCGUCUGCAGUACUACGUGCCCAGAGGCUUCUGGAAACAGUUCAGGUUAUGGGGGGAGCCGGUGAAUCUGAGAGAGCAGCACGACGCGCUGGAGUUCUUCAAUUCCCUGGUGGACAGUCUGGAUGAAGCGCUGAAAGCCCUCGGCCACCCCAGCAUGCUCAGCAGGAUCUUGGGCGGCUCGUUUGCAGACCAGAAGAUCUGUCAGGGUUGUCCUCACAGGUAUGAGUGUGAGGAGUCCUUCACAACACUGAAUGUAGACAUCAGGAACCACCAAAACCUCCUUGACUCUUUAGAACAGUACGUCAAGGGGGAUCUCCUCGAAGGAGCCAAUGCGUACCACUGUGAGAAGUGCAACAAAAAGGUGGACACGGUGAAGCGUCUCCUUAUAAAGAAGCUCCCGCCGGUGUUAGCCAUCCAGCUGAAGCGCUUCGAUUACGACUGGGAGCGCGAGUGUGCGAUUAAGUUCAACGAUUACUUCGAGUUCCCUCGUGAGCUGGACAUGGAGCCCUACACGGUGGCAGGCGUGGCGAAGCUGGAGGGUGACGAGGUUCCGCCGGAGAGCCAGGUCAUCGCUGAGAACUCUGAUCCGAACAGCAGCUCCCGCUAUCGGCUCGUGGGUGUGCUGGUGCACUCGGGGCAGGCCAGCGGCGGACACUACUACUCUUAUAUCAUGCAGCGGCACUGUAAUGGCAGCGACGGACAGAAGGACCGCUGGUACAAGUUUGACGACGGCGACGUGACGGAGUGUAAGAUGGACGAUGACGAGGAGAUGAAGAACCAGUGCUUCGGUGGAGAGUACAUGGGCGAGGUGUUCGACCACAUGAUGAAGCGCAUGUCGUACCGGCGGCAGAAGCGCUGGUGGAAUGCCUACAUUCUGUUCUACGAGCGCAUGGACGCAGCAGGGGGCGACGGAGAGCUGCUGAAGUACAUCUCCGAGCUGACGCUCACGCCCCGGACGAACCAGCCUAAAAUGCCCUUGGCCAUCGAGGCCAGCGUUCGCAAACAGAACGUGCAGUUCAUGCACAGCCGCAUGCAGUACAGCCUCGAGUACUUUCAGUUCGUUAAGAAACUGCUGACCUGCAACAGCGUCUACCUGAACCCUCCUCCAGGUCAAGAUCAUCUUUUACCAGAAGCUGAAGAAAUAGCGAUGAUUAGUAUACAGCUUGCAGCUAGAUUUCUGUUUAGCACCGGAUUCCACACAAAGAAAGUCGUCCGAGGCCCUGCUAGUGACUGGUAUGAUGCUUUGUGCAUUCUGUUGCGUCACAGCAAGAACGUCCGCAGCUGGUUUGCACACAGCGUCCUCUUUGCCUUCCCCACGCGCUUCUCGGAGUUCUUGCUGGAGUGUCCGAGUGCGGAGGUGCGCGGAGCUUUUGCCAAGCUCAUCGUGUUCAUCGCACACUUUUCCCUGCAGGACGGACCCUGCCCUGCUCCGGUCACCUCGCCCGGCUCGUCCACACAGGUGAGGGAGAGAAAUAACUGCAGUAUUAACCUCAAAGAUCUGACGGUGUCCCAUAUUCCUCAACCAGUAAUUCGGCUGAUCCUCAUUGUGCUUGUCAUAAUUUUAGACUGA